CACAAUGAGGAACUCCUCUACCUUUCUGGCAGCCACUCUCUCGAUUGUCAUUUUUCUCCAAAUUCAUGAAGAUUUCUGCGUAGAAAUUAUCGGAGGAAAUCCAGUGACCCCGCAUUCAAGACCCUACAUGGUGUUACUAGAAGGAAAAAACAUCUGUGCCGGGGCUCUGAUCGCAAAAGACUGGGUUUUGACUGCAGCUCACUGUGCCCUGAACAAAAAAUCCCAGAUCAUCCUUGGAGCUCACUCGAUAACCAAGAAAGAGCCUGAAAAACAGAUAAUGCUUGUUAAGAAAGAGUAUCCUUAUCCAUGCUUUGACCAGGACACACAUGAGGGUGACCUUAAACUUCUAAAGCUGAACAAAAAAGCAACACUGAAUAAAAACGUGGCUGUCCUUCAUCUCCCUAAAGUGGGGGAUGAUGUGAAACCCGGAACUGUGUGUCGAGUUGCAGGAUGGGGAAAGUUUCACAAUAAUUCACCUCGGUCUGAUAUUUUGAGAGAAGUCAAUGUCACCGUGAUAGACAGAAAAAUCUGCAAUGAUAAAAGCCACUAUAAUUACACUACUGUGAUUGGACUGAAUAUGAUUUGUGCCGGAAGCCCCCAAGGUGGAAAAGACUCCUGCAAUGGAGAUUCUGGAGCACCUCUGAUUUGUGAGGGCAUUUUCAGAGGCGUCACUGCCUUUGGCCUUUCAGAGAAAUGCGGAGACCCACGAGGACCUGGAGUCUAUAUUCUUCUCUCAAAGAAACACCUCAACUGGAUAGUUAAUACUAUGAAGCAUGCAGUUUAGAUAAUUGUUUUUCAU